CAUGUUGGUGGGGAUUGGGGAUAAUAAUAGAAAAAUAGUUUCUUUAUCAAUAAUUAUUCUCUCAAACAUAUUUUGCUGAUAUUUUAUUAAAAGAGAUUUUGUUUUUUAAAUUGCCUUAUUAUAUUCUGACACAGGAAUGUUUCUGUUGACUUGUCUUAUUAGAUGUUUAACAUGAAGGACUAUUAUUAUCCCAGGUGGCAGUGAGGACAACCCUAUCCUGGAUUAGUCUAUGCCAAUACUGGUUGCCAAACACGCUGCUUCUUCUAGGUGAUGACUUAUCAUUAUCCUGAAGCAACUUCAUGUGGUAGUGGGUAAUUAGCAGCUUCCAGAUGCUUUCUCUUCAGUCUCUCUUCAAUCAAAACCUGAGGCCGCCAUUUGUAACCACCAAGAAAUGCUCAGAUGGUGUUUUGAAGAUAAGGAAAUUUCACCCACUUCAUUAUUCUGCUUCUCAUUUUUCCAUUUUGUGUGCAAAGGAGUCAGAUUCUCAACAGUUUGAGGUUGACCCAGAUAAGGCUAGGCAGGCCCUUCAAGAGCUUGAUCAACAGCUUCAAUCCUUCUCCAAGAAACAAGUCUCUUCUCCCAAGAAGAAAGUUGUUCAAGAUAUGAAUGUUCCAAGAAGUCAAAUGAGAGGAGAAAUGACAGAGAUUUCAGAGACUCUGUUAGCAAAUUCAGCUGUUGUCCUCUUCAUCUUCUCCAUUUUCUACAAUGUGCUGUUCUAUACUGUCAUAAAGCCUUCCAUUGAUGUUCCAUUACCAAGUUCUAUCAGUUCUGACUUUGAGAAAGAAUCUACUCAGCCAUCAGUUUUGCAGCAGCUUCCACUUUCAUCUAUGUCCAUAUCCCCCUCACUUCUUAGUUAAAAUAUUUAAUUAUGAUUACAGAACUUCGACCAUAGCUAUCUAAAUUGUAUACAUCAAGAAAAAGUGAUCAAGAUUAUGUUGUUUACAGAGUAUUAUAUUGAUGGUAUGCCAAAGAAAGCAUAGCUUGUAGACUUAUGUACUAAAGAUUCUAACUUUAAGGUAGAAUAAGUUUGGAAGAAGGUUCUUAUGUACCUUCUUAUCAUUGAGUGCUGUGAUGUUUGUAAAAAGUUCAUAAAUUUUUAUGUUAUCAAGAAAAAUUCAACUUUUAGAAUUGGAAUA